AUGUCGGCAUCUACUUUCGACAUUCAGCCUAUUGGGCGGUUUCGAGGGCAGAGCGAGCCGGUAAAACGGCCCAAGGAAAUCGCAUGCUUUUCCUACGAUGAGAAACACAACUUUCAUCUCGGCGACUCAUCCUUGCAAUGGUACUAUCCUCCUAGAUUGGGAGCAGAUUUAUCUAAGGGGUUUGAAAAGUUCGAUAAGCAUGAUGAUUCGAUGGAUGAACAUCUCGACAGCUUGUUAGAGACCAUUGCUGCGCAUGAAAAAGAGGAGGGAAAGAAGAUUGAUGUCAACAUUGUCACGUGGCGCGGUAUGAUGACCAAGAUAAUGUCAGCGCCUUUCGAGGAUCGGGAAGGCUUCGAAAUGAAUGCUACGCUCUAUCAGGACAACCAUGAAUUCAAACAAUUCUCCAAGGAGCAACAGACCAGACAACAGAAUGGCCGACGAGGUCAACAAUUCCCGCCCGAAGUCAUGACAUACUGGGGCUACAAAUUCGAGACACUUUCUUGCCUACCACGACCCUGGGGCGAAGUAAGCCGCGAAUUCAUCGAAAAGCGCGAUGAAAAUAUCGUCAGCAACAAGGCCCAAUACUGUUCGGUAGUUAGGACAGGCAUAGGGGAAACGGUACUAUGCUUGGGUGGAGAAGUCGAUGCUCUCUGGGACUCUAAGCCUAGUCAGAAAGGAGCGCCCAUCAACUGGAUAGAGCUCAAGACAAGUGCGGAAAUCCGCGAUAACAGAGGCAUGACUAAUUUCGACCGUAAACUCAUGAAGUUUUGGAUCCAGUCCUUCCUUCUGGGGGUGCCUAAAAUUAUUGUUGGCUUCCGCUCCCAGGAUGGCAUCCUUACCAAGCUCGAAGAGAUCCAGACAGCCACGAUCCCAGCGACAGCUGCCAAACGCGGCGUACGUAGCUGGGAUGCCAAUAUGUGUAUCAAUUUUGCCAGUGCCUUUCUUAGUUGGCUAAGAGGCGCAAUCAAUGACGAAGGAGUUUGGAGGAUCAGAAGGCGGGCGGGCUCGUCAACUAUUGAGGUGUUCAAGGUAGAAGAAGUUGGGCACGGUAGUAUUCUCACAGAGGAAUUCAUUAAUUGGCGGAUAAAGCUAAGUCUAAGCGGCAAUAGUGCGGGAUAG